CAAGGUGUUGCAUGGGGCGAGGUGGGCCGAAAGUGUCUCGGACGCGUCCAAGUUCUGAAACUGUUGAACCUCGGCCUGUUUCGUGCGAUUGCACGGUGCAACACUUUCUGGUUCAGCGUUUUGAGCCACGCGCAGCUUUAUUCCCCGACUCCUGAGGCUCGUCGGAUGGGGCGCGAAGCCGUGCGGGCCCUGGCGGUUGCCCCUGGGAAUGCGUUUUCACGCGACCUCUUGAAGGCCCUCGGGGAAAUCGGCCCCUCCGCCCGGGCGAGACAGUUGGCAAGUGCGAGUCGGGUUGCCCAGCGCAGGUGCGGAUUGCACAGUGAGUCCUUCCACGAGUCGCGCACCUGCCUCGACGAAGUUGGGGCCAUCGACGACGCCCAGAGUGUUCGCCCUUUCUUUUCCGUGGUGGCGGGGGUCCUGUUUCAUCCAGAUGCGUCGAAUUCAUCGAGCCCUGAAUGCCCUCCCCCUACCCCUACAUGAUAAGCCUGCAUUCGAAUGCCGCAUUGAUGUUUUCCUGGAGCCCCAUAGUAAAAUUUCGGUCCGCUCCGAAAUUUAGGUAUUUUCAUCCUGCUGUCUCCGAGCCCCGAGCGGAUUUAGUUCGUGCGUUGUUCGGGCGCUUAUGCUCCCUGGCCCCGAGUUUCCUCUCCCUGUCGGCCCGAAACGGGAUCGCAAAUUGUUGGCGCGCGUCUAGGAUGUUUCGGGGACCCACGAAGAGGUGCCGUUGGUGUCAAGUCGCCUUCGCAGGAAAUGACAUUCUUCAUUGCUUUCUUGUCCGUGUCUCCACUCGUUUUUGGCUCGCUUUCCCCUCUUGCCCCCCUCGUUCGCCUCUGCCUCGGUUGUCGGUCGUUUCUGGCUCUUCGGUCUCGGUCCUUUCUCUAAUGCUCAGUUGAUCCCGAUUGCCCAUCUGCAUGAUACCAUGUGUUUUGCGUACCAUACGGGCAAAGCUAUCGACGGGAUUUGCCCAGAGUCUUUCGUACGUUUGGCCCAGGCGCGUCUCAGGCAAACGACCGGGCGGUUUCCAGCCAUCGCGCAGGCGUUCCGAGGGUGACGAACUCGUUAUCAUGGCCGCGUCGCUCCUCCUCCUUCUCCUCACGAGCCUCAAGGAGACGAACGCUGGGGUUGCUAAUUCAGGGGUUCGUGCCGCUUGUCCUGGCCUUCGGCGGCGACCCUUCUGGGGGCUGAGCCUGGCCUUGGCCCGAGUGGCAAGCAAGGGAGGCGUUUGUUUUUUUCAUGGCCAGUACUGUGCGUUUCAAUUUUUCUUAUGGACGCAUGCCUCUCCGUGAGCUUGAGGUUUUGGAGUGUGUUUAUUUGAUGGGUUAUGAUGUGCGGGUUUGUGGUUUUGGUGCCGGGUGCGUUUCCUGUAUCGCAUCGUUAAUAUGCAACCGUUGGCUGAUGGCACGCUUCGCCCUUAUCUUGAAUUGGACUGUUCGCUGGCAUGUUCCUGCUCCCUACAGUGGGCAUCUUCAUAUUUCCCGCGGAUAUGGCGAUGAUUAUCGUUGUGCCAGAGACCGCCCGACCAGAGGUGAGAGGCAUUUGAUGUUGAAAUAGUUCCCCCAUUCCGCCUCCGCUCCUCCUCAUUUUUCUUGUCGUAUUCUUUUUCCUCCUUCUCCCCCUCCUUCUCCCCAUUUUCCCCUGCUCUUGUUCUUCCCUGUUCCCGUUCGUCCUUCUCCCUUCCCCACUCCCCUCCUCUCUCGCUCGUCAUCCUCCCCCGUUCGUUCCCUUGCUUCGUUUCCUUCCCUCCCGUCCUCUCUCAUCCUCCCCGUCACCCUUCCCUUUUCCCCUUUUUCUCUCGCCCCCCCCUCCUCUUCCAUCCUCCUCCUCUCUCCUCAUAUUUCCUGUCGCCCCUUCGUUCCAGCGAGAAGUUCCGGAAUUGGCAGAAGCAGGACAAGCAGUGGCUCAUGCGAAGGGCCUCGAGGACGGGGGACCCGGAGUUGCUGGCCAAGGCUAAGUUGUACGACAAACGCAUGCGCGUGACACAGGACGAGAUCCAGGACGCCCUGAACCGCGUGGCGCUGAAGGAGCACGAGGAGGCGAGAUCGACGCACGCCCGGUCCAUGUCCGAGAAGGUGGCGGCGCUGAAGGGCAUCGCCCUGCCGACCGCGGAGGAGGCGCAGGCCAUGUCCAUCACGCAGCUGCGGAACGCCCUCUGGAACGCGGGGCUGCCCGCCGUCGGGCUGCCCUCGGCGCCCGAGGCGGCGCGCCUCGGGGAGCUGCGCGCGCGUGCUGCUGCGCCGAUGCCGCCCGCGGGUAGGUCGAAUACCCGUGGCCUAAGGUUCCCCCACGAUGUCCAAGGAUCGGCGGCGAGCGAAGCGGGGGGAAGUGAGAAAGCGAAGGCCUUCGCGGAAGGCGGCGGGACUUCUCCGAAGCCGUCGCGCUUUCUGAAAACUUGUCAGAAGGCCGGGGGAAUUCCGAGCCUUCUGAGAAGGCCCGCCUUUUCUCAUUUCCCCCCCUUCGCUUGCCACCGAAAGGAGGACCCCACGGCCUCAGGGGUUCCAAGGCGGCGCGAAGAGCUGGGGGCCCCUUGGGCCAGGGGCAACUUCAGCAACCCCCGAUGUAGAGCUGCUGUUGGCGGCAAAGUCUGAACCCUGCCCUGGCCGAUCCGAGUCCCAACCUCGUGCUUUAAUUUACUUCUGGCCGACGUCUA